AUGUUGAACCUCGGGAGCAACCAGAUCUACAGAUCCGGCUGCAAGAUCGGAGUAUCCUCAACAGAUGAAGGUGUCCCACGAUGUGCGCAGUAG